AUGGCGUCGCCGGCAGAUUACAUGAAAGCCGAGGACGACGACGAUGACGAUCUGAAAUUGACUGAUCAAAUACCGGUGGAGAUGCCGUGCGAGAUCGUCGAAACCACCGUGGUGGACCAGAACGGCCGGCAAAUUAUCAUGACGCCCGUCCAAGGGCUGACAAAGAACGACAACACCACAAUGCUUCUGCAGCCGGGGCAUCACCAGCACCAGCACCACAACCACCAUCACCAGCAUCUCCAUCCUCACCACCAGGAUCUAGAUGAUGGUCAGCUCACUUACGUUUACGAGAGCGUCGUGCCCCAAGAGCUGUAUGCCCAGCCUGAAAGUCCAGGACCGUCCAGGUUAAGGAAAGAAAAUACUGAAGAUCAUUAUUUAUCACAAACUAAUACUCCAUCGCCACCAGAACCAGUACAACUUGGUAGACCAAGAAAAUGGGAACAGAAGCAAGUUCAAAUUCGAACAUUAGAAGGAGAAUUUUCUGUAACCAUGUGGGCUUCAGGGACAGAUGACGAUUACAUUUUAGAAGAAGUUAGCAACCCUGAACCUGAUCCUGACCCUGAUUAUGAAGAAUAUAUGACUGAGCAGACUAUUUCUGAAGAAAUACCUCAAAUUAACCUUAGUGAUCCAAAACAACUUUCCGACUUUGCGAGACCUGGCCAUAAGUCAAAAGUGAAAAAAUCUUAUAGUUCAGAAAUGAUGGACCGUACUAUUGCUUGUCCAAACAAAAACUGCUCAAAAAUGUUCCGCGAUAACUCAGCUAUGCGAAAACAUUUGCAUACUCACGGACCCCGUGUUCAUGUGUGUGCAGAGUGUGGUAAAGCAUUUGUCGAGAGUUCAAAACUAAAACGUCAUCAAUUAGUACAUACUGGAGAGAAACCUUUCCAGUGUACUUUUGAAGGUUGUGGUAAGAGGUUUUCAUUAGACUUCAAUCUCAGAACACAUGUAAGGAUACAUACAGGUGACCGACCGUAUGUGUGUCCGUUCGAUGCAUGUAACAAAAAGUUUGCCCAAUCAACUAACUUGAAGUCUCAUAUUCUAACACAUGCUAAAGCAAACAGGCAUAUGUCACGACCAAGACCUAGUUCAAAUCGGUCAAUAACUCAGGUACAAGAUGAUCUAAAUCAACAGUAUGUUAAUGUUGAAAUACCAGAUGUUGAUCAUCAGCAUUUUAUUGUUUAUGCUGAAUAA